CGCCAAAAAGUCUCUUUUCUUUCUACUGGUGAACAACAAGGGAUUGCAUUACAUUCUUGGCCUGGUUUUAGACUUUUAGCUUAGCCAUGCGGAAGAGCAGCAGAGAGGAGGGCAAAGAGUUGGCCGCUGAGGACUGGCAGUGUAUUAAAUCUUACCAUCCAGAGUGUGUAGGGAAAGAUGAUUCAGCCUUGAAAAGUAAUCAACGCUGGACAUGUAAAUGGCACUCCUGCUUGAUAUGCCGCAGAUCUUCAAUCCUCCGUUGUUACUGCUGUCCAAAUGCAGUAUGUCGUCGGUGUCUUAAAAAAGCAAAAUUUGUGCGUGUUAAAGACAAAUAUGGGUUCUGCAACGAUUGUCUAAGGCUAGCAGUACUUGUGGAGGAAAAUAGAGAUGUUGAUUCUGAAGGGGAAAGUGUGGACUUAAAAGACCGGGAAACCUACGAGGGGCUGUUCAGAGAGUAUUAUGAGAUUAUCAAGGAAAAGGAAGGACUGAAUGCAGAUACUGUUCAUGCAGCUAAAAGGCGACUAGACCUGGACAAAAGUGAUCAAUCUUCAUCAGACUGUGAUGAGUCUGCUGAUGAAGGUGAAGAUGAAGAAGAUCAAUUCCUUUCUGAUGAUGAUGAUGAUGAAAACCCAUAUGAUUGGGGAGGAAAGAAUAUUGGACAAAAGAAGAAGAAAUCAAAAACACAAAAGGCUGUUUUCCGAGAAAAAGGGAGAUCUAAAAAAAUGGUAUUUGUUGGUUGGGGUUCUGAAACUCUUAUACGGUUUCUGAAAUCAAUUGGUGAGGAUACUACAGAAGAGAGAUCACCGGACGACGUGGAAAGGAUGAUCCUUCAAUAUGUAAAGGAAAACAAGCUCAGUAAUCCCACUAAGAAAAGGAAGAUAAUUUGUGACUCUAAACUGCAUUCCUUCUUCAGAAAGAAGGAGAUCAAUAAAAAUAGAAUACCUAAGCUCCUUGAAUGUCACUUUGCUAAGAACCAAGAUGAGUGUGAGGAUGAUGAGAUGUCCAAUGAAAUUGAAGAUGAUGAUGAGAAAGACACACUAACACCUGAAGUGGAAAGAAAGGAUAAAUCAGACGCUAAAAAGCAAAAAUCAGGCAAUGGUAUUCUCAAAAAGGAAGGAGUAAAAGCUGAUGUACCCCAGGCUAAGAGUAAAUAUGCUGCCAUAAUUCCAGAAAAUAUUAAACUUGUUUACUUGAAGAAGAGUUUGGUGCAUGAGUUAUGCAAACAACCUGAUGCAUUUGAAAAAAAGGUGAUCGGGAGUUUUGUUCGGUUCAAGUCAAAUCCAAUUGGUUGUCACUAUCGGAACUCGUUUCAACUUGAGCAAGUUACAGGCAUCACGAGUACUUCUGUGGGUGAAGAAAAUUGUGAGGCUAUGCUUCGUGUCUCAAACAUGCCGAAUGAUAUUAGCUUAAGCAUGCUCUCUGAUGCUGAUUUUUCUGAGGAGGAAUGUGGAGAGUUACUAAAGAAGGUGAAAGCUGGACUGAUAAAGAAACCUAUUUUGGUUGAACUGCAAGAGAAAGCAAGAAUUCUCCACGAGGAUAUAACCAAGCAUUGGCUUCCUAGGGAGCUGAAAAGAUUGCAGAACCUCAUCAAUAUUGCAAAUGAGAAAGGAUGGAGGCGCGAAUAUCCUUUAUGAGAUGUCAUUAGUAUUCAUACAUUAUAUGGAUAAAUGUGUGUGUGUGUCAUAAAUAUCUGUUAGUACAACAACAAUAAGUCAACAACAAAACCAUGUAUAAUCAACUAUUCAACUGGGG